UACUCUGGCUGCAAUAAUAUUUGUGAUACAACCCGCGUGACAUUUACAAGGAAAUCAUUUGUAAAAUAGCAACAUUAUAUCCAGUCGGAAGCGUCUAGUGGACACAGCGAGAUAUCAAGCUGGCCGAAAUGCCUCUAAGAAACAGUUCCUGGUCCAUUCUUCAAAAGAGAAGUUCCUGACUGAGCUGACUGUACCAAGAUGGCCGCCAUGCGCGGAGGUUCUAUACUCCGCCGGAAGACAUGUAGCCUUUAUUGCGUUGGAUUCUCCAAACGCCGCGUCGUCUUUUCCCAAAUCCUCAUGAACUCUCCGAACCAUCUUUCUUUUGAUUUAUUAACGAUUUGGUCUCCCGGGUACCGGAAGCUUCCCGUAGGGGGGCGGGGGGGUUCCGGCUGCUGUAAAGUCGCAACAACAGCCCCGAACACAUUCCUCACCCACGGGAUCCGUGCGCCCGGCGCGGGAUGGGUUCCUUAGCGAGAUCUCUGCGGCUCUCCGUGCGCUGCGCCCGGUCCCCAGCGGGCACACCGGCCGGUCCGGAGCCGCUACACCGGGCCAGCAAACACCUGAGCGCCGGGGCCAGCAGCGGCACGGCGGGGGGGCUGAAGAGCAUCGACGAGCUGCCCGGUCCCAGUCUGCCCACCACCCUGUACUGGUUGUUCCUCAGAGGAUACGCGGACAAGAGCCACCUGCUGCAGGGGCUGCAGAGGAGCCUCUACGGGCCCAUCUGGCGUUCCCGCUUCGGCCCCUUCGACAUCGUCAACGUGGCGUCGCCCGAGCUCAUCGCCCAGGUGAUCCGGCAGGAGGGCCGAUACCCGACCAGGGCCGAGCUGCCCCACUGGAAGGAGUACCGGGAGCUGCGCGGGCAGGCCUACGGGCUGCAUGUGGACACGGGACCGGAGUGGUACCAGAUCCGCGGCGCCCUCCACCCCCAGAUGCUUAAGCUGCGGGACGUGGCCGCCCUACGCCCCCCCUCAUCAAGCAGGGGUUGGAGACCUGCUGAAGCGGGUGGAGCUCUCUCGGUGGGAGUCAGGACUUUCCAUGGGAAGGAGGUUGGCGAAGAUGGAGAUUUUCUGGCUCUGUCCAGGCUCAUCCAGCACUACGACGUGCGGCCGGAACCCGCAGACCCGCUGGUGGAGCCCAAGACUCGGACCCUGCUCAUCCCGGCAAAGCCCAUCAACCUCCGCUUCCUGCCCCGAGCCUGAGGGGGGGGGGGGGGCGCCACUCGGGACCCGCAGGGCCAGUCCGCCGAGAACACGUUCCCCGUCAGGCUCUCAGAGGAACAUCUGGGACGUGUCUACCACCUGGAGUCCCCUCAGGAAUCAGGAAUUGUUACCAGAAUAUCGGAGACAUUCAAGGAAUUUGACUUGUCGGUGCGACAUGGACAACAAGACCGAGGAGACAACGUGCUGCAACAAAAUAGCAUGUUCAAUUUACAAAUUGACGCUUUGACUCUACGGUAUAAAAUAUAAGACUAGAGGGAAAUAGAAUAAGCAGUUUGAAAAUAAAGGAUAAGAAGGAAUUUAAAAUAAAAGUUCAAACUAAAGUGCACCAGCGAACACACACCUGUGUGUGAAGGAGGCCGGUGUGUGUGAGCAGUGUGAAGGGAGUGACGUCGGUGGGAUGUCAGUGGGGGGCCGUGUGACAUCGAUAAGAUGCUUAUGAAUCCAGUGGAUCUGAAACAAGUUCUUCUUCAUCUUCUAGUGAAGCGUUUGUCUUCUCUUAAUCGUUACAGCGUGAUGAUCAGCUACUAACACGGAACAUUUAGUCCUCAUUUGUUUUCACGUAUAGUUUAAUAUUUGAUGAUUAUUGCUGCUGAUUUGUGUUUUUCUGGUUUCACAUUAAUUAGAUCAGAGUUUUAUAAGACUUUUAACAUCUUUAGGAAGGAGGGAAGAAGUCAAGUGAAACAGCGUGAGCUUUGACAUCUUAUAGUUUUAACACCAGAUUUAACAUUUUACUGAAGGACGACGUCAAAGGUUUCUGUUGUUUGAGAGGAGAUCAGUUCCCACAAUACAGCGCUCCAUGCGAGGUUACCAUGGUGACGGCGCCAUGACACCAAUAAAAACGUUACUGAUCCCUCCGA